AUGUUGUCUGAAAGUCAGCUGCCUCAAGAAGAACACUUUCAUGACACUCUGAAAGACAAGUCAAUCUCGAAAGAAGAUUAUGAACACGCCAAGAAAGUAUGGGCGGUUUUUAAUAUGCAAACUCUAGAAGACUACCAUAAUCUUUAUGUUCAAACUGACGUAGCUCUGCUGGCAGAUGUCUUUGAACACUUUAGACAAAUGUCGAUGGAACUUUACGAGCUCGAUCCUGCAGAAUUUUAUUCCACUUCAGGACUUGCCUGGCAGGCAGCACUUAAGAAAACAAAUGUUCAGUUAGAGCUUCUAACAGAUUUAGACAUGCAUCUUAUGAUAGAAAGUGGUAAAAGGGGAGGAGUAGCAAUGGUAUCUCAUCGAUCAUCUAAAGCCCAUAAUCCCAGCAUGCCACACUAUGAUUUAGCCCAACCUGGCAAUAACAAGUGGAUCAUCUAUUUAGAUGCCAACAAUUUGUAUGGCUGGGCCAUGUCUCAACCACUGCCACUGAACGACUUUAAAUGGCUUACAGAAGAAGACAUUUCCACACUUGAUAUCAAAAACAUAAGUGACUAUACAGAAACAGGUUACAUUCUUGAAGUAGAUCUAGAGUACCCUGAGGAGCUACAUGACCAACACAAUGACUUUCCCUUGGCACCUGAAAAAAUUAAUUUAACAAAGGAAAUGCUUUCUUCAUAUUGCCGAGACCUUUAUGAAAAAUUUCACUUCAGUGAAACAAUGGGAGAUAAAUUGAUUCCUAAUUUAAAGAACAAAGAAAAAUAUGUUGUUCAUUAUCGAACUUUGAAACUGUAUUUGAAACUUGGAAUGAAAGUAACCAAAGUUCAUCGUGUUAUAUCAUUUCAUCAAGAACCUUGGCUCAAACCAUACAUUGAUUUUAACAAAGAGCAAAGACAAAUAGCUCAAGAUGAUGUUCGAAAAGACUUUUUUAAAUUUAUGAACAACACUGUCUUUGGCAAAACCAUAGAAAAUGUUAGAAAAUACGACAAGGUCAUUGAAUUUGUAUUUGAUGAUGAUGAUUUAGCAAAAGCAAAAGUUAGGCCAAAUUUUCAAGAGUGUGUUGCUGUCAACGGAACAAAUAUUAUUCAGUUUCAAAAACAUUCAUUAUAUCUUAAUAAACCAGUUUCAGUUGGUUUUAGCAUCCUGGAUUUAUCUAAAAUGUUCAUCUAUGAAGUUCAUUAUCGCAAAAUUAAACAAAAGUAUGGGGACAAAGCCAAACUUCUAUUUACCGAUACUGACUCCUUAUGUUAUGAACUAGAAACAGAAGAUGUUUAUGAUGACUUGCAAGAAGACCGCGAACUGAAUGACUUGAUUGACUUUUCAAAUUACCCGCAAGAUCAUAAGCUCUAUAACGAGAGAAACAAAAGUGCACUUGGUAAGAUGAAGGACGAGACACGAGAUGUCCCUAUACAGACAUUCAUUGGUUUAAAACCCAAAAUGUAUUCUUUGGUAUAUGGUGAAUGGGAGAAAAACACUGCAGUAGGUGUACAAAGAGAUUAUACAGAGAGAAACAUUAAAUCAAGUGACUACACAAAGUGUCUGGAAAACAAAGAGCAACAACAAGGUACACUUCAUCAAAUAGAAAGUCUAAAUCAUCAGCUCCGUACUGUCAAGGAAACCAAAGUCACUCUGACAUGUUAUGAUGAUAAAAGAUACAUUUCAGAUGAAGGGAUACAAUCCUUGGCGUACGGACAUUACAGAAUUCCAAAAUGUUGA